AUGUGGAUCUUUGGGUACGGCUCGAUUGUGUGGAAGACCGACUUUCCCGUCGAAGAUUCGUUCUUUGGAUAUGUGGACGGAUGGCACCGUCGGUUCUGGCAAGGUAGCCCGGACCACCGCGGUGUGCCGGGUGCAUUGGGGCGCGUUGUGACCCUCAUUAGCGCGGAAGACUUGAAGCAGUUCCGUGACGUGGAUCCGCAUGCGUCAGAGGUUCCUCGAACAUGGGGGCGCAUUUAUCGAGUCCCGAAGGAGGAAGUGCCUGAAAUCCUGGCCCAGCUCGACCAUCGCGAAAAGGCUGGCUACGAUCGGGCUGAAGUCGACGUCCAUUACUUUCUUGGCCCUGCACCCUUGGCCGAGCUGGCGCACGAAAUUGCGACGCGAGUGGGUCCCAGCGGCCCCAACGUAGAGUAUUUUCUCAACCUCUGUCGAUGCAUGCGCAGCAUUGAUGUCCACGACAAGCAUUUGUUGGACUUGGAGCAGCUCGUGCUCGAGCACUACGCGCCACAUGCAGUAGCGUAG